UGCCGCGCUCGGGGUGACUUUACGAGGGGAAGGACCGCCGGGCAGGCACGCGGGAGCCGGAGUCCUUCGUCUCUCUGGAUCCUCGCCGAUCCCGAGCUGCCCUUGGCCAGAUGGGGCCCGCAGGGGCGUAAAUAACAGCGCUGAGACCGCUCCGGGAUUCCGAUGCACUUUGGCCGGGAUCUGCUUUGGCUGCUGGCCCAGCGAUCGCUCCUUGAGCGCGGGAACGUACCAUGAAUACUACUACUAAAUCGCGGCCCCUUUCGGGAGUAGGAGCCAGGACGUUAUGCACCUGGCCGGGAAGAAGGGACUAGGAGAGGCGAAACCCUGAGCCGGGUUUUCCAAAGAGCCGAGUACUUUUCCUAGCCCCGGGCCACGCACUCUUCCUCGAAAUGGACUCAGAAAUCAAGGAAGACAUUUCCGUGCAUGAGGAAUUCAUUUUAUGUUGUGGAGUUGAAACCCAGGUUCUAAAAUGUGGGCCCUGGACUGCCCUUGUUAAUGACCAAACUGCCAACAGGCCUAAGCUGCUUAUUUUCAUUAUUACUGGUAACCCAGGUUUUUCUGCCUUUUAUGUGCCAUUUGCAAAGGCGUUGCACUCUUUAACAAACAGACGCUUUCCAGUUUGGAUUAUCAGUCAGGCUGGGCACAGUUUGACCCCCAAAGACAAGAAGAUUCUUAGAACCUUGGACGACCCAAAUGCUCAAGAAAUUAAGGAUGUCUAUGGACUCAGUGGUCAAGUGGAACACAAGGUAGCUUUCCUGAGGACCCACGUGCCAAAGGAAAUGAAACUGGUGCUUGUUUGCCAUUCAAUUGGCGCCUACAUUGCCCUGCAGGUCCUGAAGCGUGCCCCUGAGCUGCCAAUAAUUCGCUCCUUUAUGCUCUUUCCAACAAUUGAACGAAUGGCCGAGUCACCCAAUGGCAGGAUCGCCACUCCAUUAUUGUGCUGGCUUCGAUAUGUUUUCUAUGUUCCCGGCUACUUAUUGCUGAAACCAUGUCCGGCGAGAAUCAAGUCCUGGUUGAUCAGACUGGCCCUUCAAGUGAUGAAUGUGCAGAGUGAAAUUUCACUCCUGAAUGUGUUGGAACCAUUCUGCCUUGUUAACGUUGCCUAUCUUGGGAGCCAAGAAAUGAUGGAGGUCGUGAAGAGAGACGACGAGACCAUAAAGGAACAUUUAUCUAAGCUCACCUUUUACUAUGGUACUAUAGAUCCUUGGUGUCCAAAAGAGUACUAUGAAGACAUAAAGAAACAUUUUCCAAAAGGAGAUAUUCGACUCUGCGAGAAGAAAAUACCUCAUGCUUUUGUAUUCCGUUUUCACCAGGAAAUGGCUGACAUGGUAGCCGGCUGGCUAAAGGAUGAUCUGUCCAAAAUAGAAAAAGUGACGCAAGGAAACAAGGACUGACAGCUGGCAAAUAGAGACAAUAGCUGGACUGCCUCUUAGUAGUAAGUAGUAUACUGAGUAGGCCAAUGUUUCAUUUUAACAUUUAAUAUUCAAAGAGAAAAAGUAAGAACCUCUUGGCUUAAAGACUACCCGCACCCAGCUCCCCCUGCUCCAGGCUGAAUGAAGUAAAUAUGGCUGAUGAAAUAGUCCACAGCUUUAACCGCACAUUUUCCAAGACUCAGAGAACACAGGGAUCUCAACUGGUCUCUUCUGUUUGCACAAGAUGCCCAGUGGCACCAUCCAGUUUAUUUUGGUAGGCAGGAUCCCUGCAGACAAAAGGAAGUCUCAAUUUAGUUGAUUUUAAUCGAGUUAUGUUAUAGAAUGGGCUCUUCCAGAGGAAAUUAUGGAACACCUAGAAAAUGUAAACGUGAUCAGUGAACAUUAAGUGUAUAGUCAGGUACAUGAAGUGUGUGAGAUCAUGAGAAGGAGACACUCACAUUCCAGCCACAGGAAGUGAUGAGCAGUGGCUCUUGGCAGUAGACCUGGGUCUCCCUUAAGGACAGAAGGUGAAGAUCAGCCCAGACCAAUGUCGCGCAGGUUGUCACUGAGACCAUCAGAAGCAGGCUGGAUCCCAGGGCAGCCUGCAGACCCACUUGGUGCUACCUUGCAGGAUGUCACAGACCACCAAGUCAGCCUUCUACCUGGCCACCCGGCCCAGGCCCAGCACCAGGGGAGCCCCUGCUUGUCGCCAUCUCUGAGAAUCUUCCCCGAGGACUGUGACUCCCUGAUCCACCUUCACUAGGCAGAGAAGGAGGUCCGCCAGCUAUUGCUCUGGUCAACCAACCAGGUGAGAGCUGAAGGACCCUGACUCCGCCUCCUGUCACAAGACAGCAGCACACUCUGCUCUGAGCCUUAGCCUGCCGGGUUGUAAGCUCCCUGCAGGCUCGUCUUCUCCAGAGACAGGAUGGGGAGGCCCUGGACUGUCCCAAAUCAAGCCUGUACCUGCCCCAUGCAGUUGCCCCUUCUGUGAUUUUUUGCAGUGAAACGCACUUGAGGACCAGCAAUGAGCCAAGUACCAUGCUGGGCCCUGAGGAUAGAGUUUUUAACUAUAUUAUCAUUCUUUUUUUUCUGCAAAUCUAGUAAGUAAUUUUCAAAAGGACAUCUUUAAAUUCGUGAAUAGAGAAUUACCAUAAAUGAGUUCUCUAUUUCUGUAUUAGCUUUGUUAGCUGGAAAGAAAUUGUUUUACCAAUGGACCAAAGCAAGUCAUUAAAUUAUGUAAAUUCACCUUCUCUGGACCUUGAGGUCCAAUGGAGAAGAAGCUUGCCCUCUGGCCUCGCGUGGUUUGCUGCCUUCCCCAGACUGACUCAACCCUGGGACCUUAGGAGCCAAUAAAGCCCAUUGACUGCAGUAACCGUUGACCAUGGAUCAGAAACCUUCAGUUUUCUCCUAGAGGAAAUCCCUCAGGCAUUAUCAUUCCUUAAUGACAAUAGGAUGUUGGCCUUUCUCUCAAAGCCAAUAGCCCCCUGAUGAAAGAUUCAGCUCUGAUAUGCUGCCGGCUCCAGAGUGUUGAAGGAGCCACUGUCCUUUGGCAGGGCUUCUGCAUCAGAGCAAAUGACUCCUGGGAGGGGAAGAUCCCAGCUGAAGCAAGGAGUGCCCUUGGCCCCGGAGAGGAGCCAGUACCCACGUAGGCCGUAGGCACGUGUGUCCUGGCAUCUGCACGGGAAGGCCUUCUAGAAAUCUGAUGUUAGAAGCCAGGACUCGUGGCUCUGAUGUGCCUUGCAUAUAAGAAGCUGCUCAGUAACUAACUUGAGCACAUAAGCACUAUUCUACUGAAAUAAAGAAUAGCAUCCGCAGCUUUGCCUUUAGCAUUACUUUACAACAUUACUCCAUGUUUCAAAAGUCCACGUGUAUGAAAUUAUAUCUUAUUUUGGUUUUUCAGAGCUUAAAAAGUGAUAAAAGGUAAAAUGCUGAAGUAAAAGAUACUGGCUCUUAUUUCCUGUUUGUCAUCUAAGCACCAAUACAUUUUUUAAAUAAAUGUUUCCCUGGCACUUAAGACCUUGCCUGGCCUGGUCUCUGCCAGGGGAGGCGGGCACAAUCUGAGCAGUCCCCUGCGUUAGACGCUGGUCCACGUCUCUAUGGGAAGCUGAAAACCCGCUUCCUCAAUGCUUCUUUUAGAGAAGGAAGAAUCAGAUAUCAGGAGAUUGAAGUUUAUUUUAUUUCAUUAGGAAUUAAAAGACUAAAUGUUUCCAUGCAUAUGUAUGAUAAGGUACAUGAACUCUGGAGGUAAAAAGCACGCAGAUGGUCAAGCUCUGAUUUUCAGGCACCUUCAUCUAACUUCUCCAUGCCUCAUUAUCCUCACUUAUAAGAUAGGCUUACUAAUAAUGCACAUGUAAUAUUGUUGGAAAAAUGAAAGAUGAUGAUAAAUUUAAAGCAUUGAGGAAAAUACCCAACUAAGAGUAUCUAGUUGGCUAUAAUAAUAAUUAUUAUUAAAUAUAAUAAAAACAAAAGCCUAAGACUAAUAAGCAGUGGCUGUAACCCAUUUUCCCGAUGCAUUUCUGAAAGGAUGACCCAUUCGGCCACAGGGAUGGGUCUUGUCAAAGAUUUAACUCCGUACAGGGUUAUCUACUGCUGAGGGAAAAGCCUGCACUAGAGCCUCCAUCAAUGCCUGCGGUGGUCCUGCAUCUGUUCUGGGCCCCGGAGAGGACCAGAGGCGGUUCUCAUGGCCUGACGUCCAAAGCAGGCAGGGCCCUCCCGCCAUCUGCUUCUCUACUCAACACUUGGAAAGCCAGUGGCUUCCAAAGGCUUGCCUUCACCCUACAUUAUAUUAAAAUUCAAUUUAAUUCCCGAUUAAAGGAGACUAAGGAGACAUGAAAACAUCAUGUAACACCUGAUUCUGGGUUAGAUGUGCUUGUUAUAAGUAACAUUUGCUGGGACAAUUUGCACAACAUGAAUGGGGUCUGCAUUGGAGUAAGGCAGGGAGUCAGAGUGAGAUGUUAAUUUUCUGAUUUCAGCGGUUAGGUUGUGGAGAAGUAGGAGAGUGGCCUUAUUUGUACUGAAGACACAGUGUCUGGGGGCAAUGGGGUAGCAUGGCAGCUUACUCUCAGAUCAUUCGCAGGAGAAAAACAUCCUUUGUAUUUUACUUGCAACUUUUUUGUAAGUUUGAGAUGAUUUUGAAAUUUAUAAAAAUAAUUAUUAAAAAGAAAACCAUGCUCUCUU